AUGUCGAUACACCCUGUUGUGUUCAUACUCGUUUCUGCAGCUCUACUCUGUACCGGGAGCCUGUUCGCUUGCAGCGCGGGCACGUGGCGAGCCCAGUCGAUGGAUGAGCAGCGGUACGAGGUUGGUGCUAUGGUGAGCAGAUGCAUCGCAGUGCUCAGUCUGUUGAUUAUGGUGCUCGCCUACGCGCAGCACGGAAUCAACGUACCUCUCGCAUUCUUCAUAUUUCUCAUGGCACCUACGAUAAGAACCCAUCUUGGGAAACGUGCAGCGCAGGGUAUACAUUUACAACAAACACCCCCGGUGCUUGGGCGGCAGCUCAACCAAGAUAUAUCUAGUGGAAAUACGUCUACCGAGAGCAUACCCACUCGGGAUGGAUCGAUCCGGGACACUUUUCCUGUCCAAAAAGCACAAUCUCGGAAUGCACUUUCGGACGACAUACGUGCCCAAAAUGGGCAAACGGAAUCCAAUGUCACUACACUCCGGUGCAAGGGUAAGAACAAGCGUGUCACUUUCGCGGACGCCGUAACGGACCUGGAACGGCUCCGGCAGCUCCGAAAAAAACAGACCUUGCUAUUAGCUAAGGAACUCUAA